AUGCUAAACAAUGAGAUUAAAACCAAGCAAAACUUGAUUAAGAGAAUACAGACACCUGGAGGGUAGCCGCGAUAAUCCCAGUAAAAUACAAAUGCAGCUAAUCUGCAAAAUGAAAUUGAAGCUAGAGAUAAGCAGAUAGAGCUUUUAAAUGAUAGAGUCGUAGUAUAGGAUCAUGAGUUGAGGGAACUUAGAGGAUUAAAAGCAUCUCUUGAACAGCUCAAGAAACUUGAGUCAGAACUCGACAUAAAAGACCAGACAAUUAGCGAAUUAAAGAAAAAGAUCAUGAUUUAAGAAGAAGCGAUUAGCUCCUGGAUUGAGACAAUGGAUGCAAAAAAGAAGUAACUUUCAGAAUCUGAGAAGAAAUUAGAAGCAUUGGAUCUGGAAAACGCCUCACUGCUAAGUAAGAAUGCUUAGUACAAAGAUCAAAUGGAAGAUUAUGAGUUGCGUUUGAAGGCGCUAGAGGAUCAAUUGAAUGAUAAAAAAACACAGAUUGAAAAACUUGCCAAAGAAGUGCAAAGUUUAAGGAACAAUAAUGAUGAGGUGAACAGAUUGAGAGAGUCAUUUAUAGAUGAACUUAAAAAACAAGUAGAUGAUAAGGAUGUGUAUAUAGAAGGACUAAAUAAGUAAAUUCUAGAAAUAAGAUAGACUAAGCAAGAAGAGAUAGAAGGUUUGAUAUAGAAAUAAGAUAUCUUAAGUUAGUAAUGGUCCAUUGAGAAAUAAGAAAUGGGGAGUAACUAUUCUAAUUUGGAGUAAUAGCUUUAGCAGUUACAAUCUGAGUAUGAUAACUAUAAGCAAGAAAGGGAGAUAGAGGACUUAUUAGUUGUUAAGUUCGAUAUUGAAACUAUAGACGAGUAAAUGCUCACAGAUUAAAAUAUCAAGAUUGAAGAUUUAGAGUAGGAAAAAGCGAAGUUAGAGGCUAGGAUUCAGUAGAUUUCGCAGGAGUUCAACUUGGUCAUUAGCGAUAAGAACACCUUGGCCGAAAAAAUUCAUAUGUUUCAAACUAAAUGCAAGAAUUUAGAAGAAAUGAUGAAGAAAAAUGAAGAUGAGUCCUCUGAAAAUCUAAAGAAAAUGAGAAGAGAAAAUCAGCUGCUAAUAGAUAAAAAUACUAAUCAAGACAAGGCGUUGUAAGAUCUUAAAGCUCAGAUUGAGCAAAUUAUGGAACAAAAGAGGGAAGAGAUAUCUAAAAUUAAAAAGGACCACGAAGUCUAAUUACAAAAGGAAUCUGACAGUAAAAAGAUCUUAGAGAAGCAAUUUAAGCGUUCUCUUCAGGAAAAAGAUCUGCUAGAGUCUAAGCUAAAGCAAUUUUAUGAGGAGCUGACUAAAGUAGAAGAGAAGAUUAAUUCCAAAAACAAUGAGAUUUAAAAACUCUAGGAUAUCAUAACAAAGCUAAAUAAACAGAUAGAAGAGCUAAAGUAAAUAAUAGCAAAUAAGAAGAAAUAAGAGUAACUAGACUAGCAAGAUCUAGAUAAUAAGCUGAAAGAAAAAGAUAAUGAGAUGCAGGUGCUCAAAGAGAUGAUCAAAGGUACUAAAUUGCAACUAAAAUCUAAGGAUACAGACAUUUAACGAUUGAUGAUUAAGAUAAAGCGAUUAGAAAAAACAAAUGAAAUCAGAGAAAGCGUUAUAUAAGAGAAUAAUAACCAUCAUAAUAAUUAGCAUGUACAACAUUAGCAAAGAAAUGUUAAUAAAAGCCUGCAGCAUAAUGCUGAGUCAAGGCACUCAUUGCACGAAAGCAAUGAUCCUGUAGAAUAACAUUAGUUUUAGCAGUAAAAUUCUAAUAACUCCUUUAUUCUACCUCCUAUUUAAAGUAAUAAUAGCAGUAACACUGCUCAAUAGCAAGGCAAACCUCCAUAGGGUGCUAGUAACAAUUAUCCUAAAAGUACGGGAAAGAGACAUUCACAGAAGUAUUAAAACUUGAAGGUUGGUUAAAUGAGGAAUCAAGACUUGGCUAAUUUGCAAAAUCCCUACAAGAAUCUAGCUUAAGUCGAAACUAGCCUUUAAUCCUUAACCCCUAAUAAAAUUCCAACAAACCUCAAUAAUAUGGCAUUGAUAAAUUCAAACAACGAGAGUCAAAAUGGUACAAGACAUCCAAGCAGGAAGCAUCGAGAACUGGACUAAUUAGUAAAUCGCAAUUAAAGCGACAAAAGGCUCAAAAUAUAAAAUUAGUAUAGUGAAAAUUAAAAAGUUUAAUCAAAAGACAUUAAUACUUUCAAUAAUCCUAAUGAUAUAACAAUGGUUAAUUAGGCUAAUGGCUACACUAAUAAUAAAGAUGAAAGUAUGGAUACAAGCAUGAUAAAACAUAAAUCAAGCACUAAAACUCUGGGUAGAAUAAGCAACUCUUAGAACUCAGCCAUUCAGAGGAAAAGAAGCAGCAUCUCAUCUAAAAAAUAAUAGUAACUACUUACUGAGUAGGAUUAUGAACAGUAAUUCGAUGAUGAAUAGGAAUAAAUGCAGCAAUAAUAGCAACUACAACAAUAGCAGUAGUAAUUUAAUCUUGAUAAUGAUCCAAUGGAUGAGUUUAUGGAAUAGUAGAAGCUGCUAAUGAGCUAGUUAAAUCAGAAUUUAUGA